AUGGAGCACGAAGUAUUGGAGCCCGAGCAGUUCUGGGAUGAUCUCCAAGCGAUCGUUUCCAAGCCUUGCGACUCCGAAGACCUAAUUGACGAUGCUCUCCGAGAAUAUCUGAGUUUCAUAACAAAAUUCAAGGAUGAAUUCCUCCCGGGCGAAUAUGACAUUUCGCGCUGUUCCUACAAACUGUUCGUGUCGAGCAUCUUCGAAGCUCAUACAGAUUAUGUCCGCCGCCAGAUUAUCUACGGUCUUUUACAGGAAGACGAUCCGAACACACUACAUGUCAUAGUAUCUUUUCUCCUCUUCGACGGUCGCCAGAAUGAAGUCGUGCUCAAGAUGCUGAAUGAGGAGGGCGCAUUUGCGCGUCUCUUGGAGUUAAUACAAGCAGUGCGAAGAGAUGACUUGGAUGGCGGUCUGCACCGAAUUCUUAUGGAUUUGAUCUAUGAGAUGUCGCGGAUUCAGCGCAUGAAGAUUGAGGAUUUGGUGCUAGUCGACGAUAACUUCAUUCGAUGUCUUUUUGAUAUUAUUGAAGACCUUUCAUACGAUGUGACGGAUCCUUAUCAUUAUCCCGUUAUCCGGGUCCUGCUUGUUUUGAAUGAACAAUUCAUGAUAUCGGCUCAUGACCCAGUGGAUGACAGGUUUCCUGGAAGUCAAUUGACCAAUAAAGUCAUCAAGGUUCUGUCUGUGUAUGGCAGCUUAUACAAGACUUUCGGCGAGAAUAUCAUUCUACUCAUCAACCGUGAAGGGGAAACAUCGUUGCAGUUACUGACCCUCAAGCUGCUUUAUCUGAUUUUCACUACCCCCAGUACCUACGAGUAUUUCUUCACCAAUGAUCUUCAUGUGCUGGUGGACAUCUUGAUUCGAAAUUUGCUGGAUCUGCCCGAGGAGGCAUCAGCACUUCGACACACAUAUUUGCGUGUGUUAUACCCACUUUUAGCUCAUACUCAGCUGCGACUUCCACCACACUACAAGCGGGAAGAGCUUAGGAAGACACUCAAUAUCCUCGUCCGGGGCCAAGUGUCUUACGGAAACGAAACUGACCAUGAUGAAAAGAUGAUGCACUUUGAAGAGGUGGAUGAUACUACACGGCGUUUAGUGACUCGAUGUGCAACGGUAGAGUGGUUGCGCAACAUGGAGCAACCUGACACCACGCCUAUUCCAGAUGCCCCAAUUCCAGCAGUCACUGCGUCAAUCGAUACAGUUCUUGACGAAGCUCUCCAGGAAUCUCCCACUGAAAUUGCGGGAUCACUCGGAGAAUCACUUGAUCUAAGUCGCACCGUCUCGUGCGCCAGUAGUAUCCCUGAGUCACCAACGAGAAUGGACUCACGAGGCUCAUCCGUGGCGCCGGAUUUCCGGGGGAUAUUCAGGGCCACCGCACGACUAGGAAUGAACUUGGAACCGGCAAACUCCUCUACUUUAAGUGUCCAGGCCGUUGCAGCACAGCACGUGAAACCAGGCAUCAUCACGCCCAGCCGAAAAGAUAAUCAUCCCGCCAACGUCACAGAUGCACCCAUCAUCCGUCCGCCAAAGAUCAGACCCGAACCGCCCAAAUCCCGGCGCUGGCGAGGGCGUCGUCUAGGCGCAGAUGAUGAUGAACAUUCCGCCGGCACAAGUAGUGACCAUAACACCAUCCCCGAGGGUAUAGAGAUCGGACCAACAUCCCACACAGCCCCAACAACACCUGCACCUACAACACCCGUCACUUCCCAACCACCCCCUGUAGACCGGCGUAAUUCCACCACAAGCUCCCACCUUAUGCCGCCAGUACCCGGCCAUUCACGCCGGUCUGCAUCUAAUCCACCCCCAGCUGUUCCUCCACCCCGCCGAUCUCACUCCACCACACCAUCAUCCUAUCAGCAGGUCCCGCCUGUAGCUAUAAUUUCAUCAAUGACAAUGCCAAGCAAGCAUGGACAAAAACCUCCGCCGCCUAAAGCUAGACGAUGGGGUCGUGGUAAGGCACAACAUGGUCAGACCGACUCUAUGGAGAGUGGAACGAGCAGUGGUAGCCUGGCAAGAGAAGGAUCCGAGAUAGUUGAGACUACCCUGCAGCCGCCAGAGGAGCCAGUGGUGCCACUCUCUGAUCCAUUUUCCCCCACUUCCCCAAGCUCACCGACGCUACUGGUCUCACCUACUGAUGUUGAACAUCAUGGACUCAAUGGUGGGACUGGAUCUGUACCGUUGAGUGUAGAGGAGGCCGUGCAGAAUAUGUCUUUGAACUAA